AUGGCCCCAGAUGAUUUUUCAUCGCCUGAAACUCUUUUUCGACGUGGUGAUGCAGCCGAUAACAAGAAGCAGCCAAAAGAGCCCAGAAAGAGGGAUGAUCUUCACCAAUCUCACCCAGAACAAAAGAAUCUAGUUGAACUACAAGCACUACUUGACCCCAAGUCGUUCGGGCCCUUUGAAGGCUUGAAUAAUAGCCAGCUGGAGACUGUUACAAAGGCUCUUUUGCCCACCGGACUGAAGUCCUCAAAGGACCUCAGCUUGGAAAAGCUUCAACAGAUUGUACGUGAUUUUCAUGCGAAUGAGACCCGGACCGAUGUCCUUACUCAAUUACCAUUGGACUUUGAGCCUGAAAAGAGCAUCUUCAGCUUCUUCUAUACAAUGAAAUCCUUCAAGGAUCCAACAGUUGACUUGCUAGAAUGCCCUGUGGCCUCGACUCCUACGAGCCCCAAUGACACUCCAGCAGGCCUAGUCUGGGAAUGUGAGGCUGGCAACUUUUGUGCUGCGCCCAAUAUUUCGGUGCCAUGCCUCCCUGGAUUCUAUUGUCCAGAAAAUACAGCGCAGCCAACCCUUUGCUGCAAAGGGUACUUAUGUAGCACUGAUACCAAAUCAAUAGAGGUUUGCCCUGAGGGAUACUUUUGUCCACUUGCUUCAACUAGGGCUCUUCCGUGCAAUUUCUUAGGGUUCUGCCCACGUGGUACAUCUGCGAUUGAGAAAUAUGGUCUAGGUGCAGUCUUGUUGGUAUUUGCAUUGUUUGUUAUGGGGAUGUUUGCGAUCAAAAAGAGGAUCGUUAGAGCACAGCACAUUCGCUAUUCUCGACGUCUUCGUGAAUUGGGUGACAAUAGUGCUGAAAUAGAGAGUGAGAAGAGGCGUAAGAAGGAAGUUGCAGAGCUUGCACAGUCUAUAAUAAUCGAGGAUAGGAUUAGGGCAGCUUCGUCAAGAUCACGGGGCGGUGGUGGCGGUGGCGGCGGUUUAGAAGGUGCAUAUGACUUCGCGGCCAGCCAGCGUAGCCUGGCUCUUGCAGCUGCGGCUGCUGGAAAUAUGAAUGCCAGCACGAUGACACUGCCCAGAGCAGAACGUUCAUUUGAUAUCUGUUUUGAAAAUUUGGGGUUGACCUUGCCGACAGGUUCUGAUAUUAUUAAGAAUAUCAGCGGAAGACUUAUUGCUGGUAGAACAUGUGCUGUUAUGGGACCCUCGGGCGCAGGGAAGACAACCUUCUUGUCAAUCCUCGCUGGAAAGGUCGCCAAGACAGACGGAAUUAUCAAAGUCAAUGGUAAAGAACAGACACUGAGUCUCUGGAAGAAAUUAAUUGGGUUCGUUCCUCAGGAGGAUAUCAUGCUAUCAGAAUUGACUGUUCGCGAGAUUUUGAUGCAUUCAGCAAGAAUGCGACAGCCUGUCCACAUGAGUCAUAACGAAAAGCGCCUUAAGGUCUUGGAGGUAAUUCAAUUCCUUGGAAUUGGUCAUAUUAUGGAUAAUCCCAUCGGCGAUAUCGAAACACGCGGUGUUUCAGGCGGUGAGCGCAAGCGUGUCAAUAUUGGCAUGGAGCUUGUCGCUUCUCCCUCGAUCCUAUUUUUGGAUGAACCAACAUCGGGCCUUGACUCCGCUACCUCACUUGAAGUCUGUAAACUGCUUAAGCAAAUUGCUCAAGAGCAGUUUUUGACAGUAGCAGCGAUCGUUCACUCACCAUCGCCCCAUGCUUUCAAUCAAUUUGAUGAUUUGUUACUUUUGGGUGCGGGCGGCCGUGUUGUAUACGCUGGCCCUCGAGAGGAGGCUGCUCAUUACUUUGAAAGCAUCGGAUAUCCUGUCCCCGACGGCGAAAGUCCAGCAGACUUCUUCAUCUCCCUUGCUGCCGGGCGUGUGGAAAAAGCCUCAUCAGCUUCGUUAGGCUAUUUUAGAAGGCGUGGGGGCGACAAUAGCCAGGAGCGACCUCAUAAUGAUCGGCGAAGCCCCAGGAGCAAGAGUCCAAAAGAGCGAGUCAAUGAGCUAUUCGUCCAUUGGGAACAGUACAGUAAUGACAGAGAUAUGAGCAAAGCAGGGAGACAUGCUAUCCACGAGAGCGACACCAUGACCACUGUCCACCUUUCGAACUAUGACUCGAAUCAGGCAUCUCCUAUCAAGCAUGACUUGGCCAAACAGACUGGAAUGCACCUGGAUGCCCAUGACCAUGACUACCGUCUUGAAGAGAAGCGAUUCGGACUGACAACAGCAGCAGCUCUUGUGGAGUAUAAUUGCCAUAUUUCAACAAUGGCUUUGCAUCAAACUUCUCGGCCUCAGUCACCUACAUAUAGCGUCCCCAUUUCUACUCUGGAAGGUUCAUCCAGUUAUACCUCAUGUGAUAGCACUGAGAAGUCUAAUAAGAGCCUUAAAAAGCACGGGUUUUUGUCAUCUGUUCAUAUGUCCUUGAUCUCCACUUGGGCGGACAUUGGAUACUGGUGCAGAGAUGUCGCAGACGAGUUUAGUCAUUGGCUUUGGAGCAUCAAGUGCAAGUUUACAGGAGAAAAAGAUCCAGUCCGCGAAACACCAUCGUUCGGCAGUGUCUUCAUCCUCUGUUUCAGGCGUGCUUGCCUACAAAACUAUCGAUCCCAACUCGAUUUCUUGGGAGACCAGGCUUUACAUUUGGCUUGUGGCCUUUGUGUAUCAUUUGCUUCUAAAGACAUGUUGUAUAUCCCCCGUCAACCAGCCGAGAUUUGCGCGAUAGCGCCCCCAGCGUUGCAGUUAACAUGUGCAACGCCCUUCGAUGACAUUGGUUAUGUUGGCAUGUUUAUGACGCUCGGAAUAUUUUUCGCAGGCAUUAGUGUCGGGACUCGUACAUUCGGCGACGAAAAAGCUGUGUUUUGGCGUGAUUCCUCCGCAGGCAUGCCUACUCUCCCGUACUAUCUUGCCAAGAUCCUGGCCGAUGUGCCUCGUAUGAUCGUUGCUACCUGCAUGUAUACAAGUUCAUUCAUAUUCUUCUUUGCAUAUAACCAGAAGAUGACUCAGCUGUUGGCACUUGUCUUAAUUAUAUACAUCAACGCGUUUGCUCUGGGCUACUUCGUCUCAGCGGCCUUCAAUCGCUCUAUGCUUGGGUUGGCAGGGACGGGUAUGUCUCUUACAUGGGCUCUGGUCUUCAGCGGUUCAUCGCCUCGUCUAUACAAGGUCAUGACGAGCCCCAGAUAUGCCUCUGUUCGCUGGCUUUGGACUGUUAGUGCCCCAAGAUGGGCAGUUGAGGCAUUUUAUCUGAAAGAAAUGGAAUUCAGAGACUAUAAUGAACUCAAGCAUCAUCUGUUAGUGGACACAUUUUCAUUCGACAACUAUAAGAAAGCCAUCUCGUACAUGCUUUAUAUUGCUCUUUGCUGGAACUUAAUUGUAUUUAUGUUAAUGAAGUUGUUGAACCGCCACAAGGUCAAGUAA